GCGCGGCUGUGCUGCCAGAGAGCGAACCGACGAUUGAGAGAGUGACGCCCCGCAACGAGAGCGCAAGAGUCGUGACACCGAGCGCGAGCGAGAUAGCAGUCUAGCCGUCCAGUGAUAGGCCCGAGCGAGCGAGACGGCCAACGUGUGUGCGAGCGACGAAAAAGAAAACGAAGACAGCCAGCAAGAGUAGUUGGCUGCUACCUGCCUGUGCGCGAGUGCGAGAGAGAGUAAAUAGCGGGCGGGCAGAGUACAUAACGUCAGCGUGGUCUCGUUCAGUUCAAAAAUAAAUCUCGAAGCAAACGGACGUGUGCGGUCGGUCGUUGUCGAGACUCCGCUUUAUCGCUAAACAAACAAAGUGAACUGAACCGAAGGCGAAGCGUGUUUACACUAAAAUUAAAACUGCUGGCUAAGGUUUAAAAAUAAAUAAAUAAUUCCAAAGUAAUAGUGAGAAAAUGAAAACAAAGCUGCAAGCCAGCUACUUCCUUUGUGUCUCGUUUCUCGUGUGACAAAUGCCGCAGCAGCAGCAAAAACAAAUGCCACUAGCAGCAGUCGGUUGGCUUAUGUACGACGCGCGCGAGUGUGUGUGCGCGCAGAAAACAUAGAGCAAAGCAUAAUACACAAUAAAGGUGGCCACGAAAGCAGAGCAGCCGAAAGUGCCAGCAGAGCGCAUGAUAGUGUGUGUGUGUUUGUGUCUCUCUGCGAGAAGUGAAGUGAAGUGAGGAAGAAGAAAAAGAAGCACAAGGCAAAUGCCAUGAAACGCUGAGUUAAGUCGAAAAAACUCAACUCGAUACUCUGUGGAUUAUCAUCAACAUUACCUCUUAUGGAUUGUUCCUGCCAUUGGAUAAAUAUAGAAACACCCACGAUGCCAAUUAAUUGGCUGGAUUAUUAGCGGAUUAAAAUCUGAACGAAGAAAGAUUGACGACUGACGCUUGUGCGAAAAACAAAAGCGAGAGUAGUAUUAUUACUAUGAUGACGCCAGAGUCGAAAGCAAUAUUGCCAGCAGCGGCAACAACAACAACUGCGGCAGCAGCAGCAGCAACAGGAGCAACAGCACCAAUGGCUCACACACAAAAGUCGCAGUUGUCAACGUUGGCCAAGACAACUACAACAUCAACGACACCAGCAGCAGCGACGGCUACAAAAGCCUCCAAAAGCGCUGUCAGCAAUGCAAAUAGCAAUGGCAAAAAGCUGGCUUUGUCUCAGAAAACAGCAACACCAACUAAUGUUGAUAAAAUGCACAAGCAACAACAGCAACUUAUUGCUGCCAGCAGCAUUAAAGUAAAAAGUGAAAACACAUUAGCAACAACGGCAACAGCAACAGCAACAGCAACAGCACAACUUGCCACCAGCGGCAAGGCGGCAAAAACAAUAUUAGAAAAAAGAAACAUCAAGAAGGAAUCAACGCCACCGGCCACGAGUGCUACUGCCUCGACUGUGGAAUCCGUUGAGGCCACCUCAUCAUCCUGCUUCUCGUCCUCUUCCUCCACCUCAUCGUCUUCAUCCUGGUCUACGACCAGAGCGGCGUCUGAGGAGGCCAGCAGUAAUGGUGGCGCCUCUGCGGAUGAGGAGAAGUUGGAGGAGGAGCAGCAGCAGGCGGCGACGGCAACGGCGACAACGACUUCCGAUUUGGCCACAACUUCAAGGCCACGCCCCGUACUGUUGACGGCCGUUAAUCCGCACAUCAUCUGUCACCUGUGUCAGGGCUAUCUGAUCAAUGCCACCACCAUCGUCGAGUGUCUGCACUCCUUCUGCCACAGUUGCCUCAUUAAUCACCUGAGAAAGGAGCGAUUCUGCCCGCGCUGCGAGAUGGUCAUCAACAACGCCAAGCCGAACAUCAAAUCGGACACCACGCUCCAAGCAAUUGUCUAUAAGCUCGUGCCGGGCUUGUAUGAGCGGGAGCUGAUGCGCAAAAGGGCCUUCUACAAGGAUCGGCCCGAGGACGCGGCCUUGGCCACGCCAGAGCAGCGUGGAGAUGACACGGAGCAUCUAAUCUUUAGCCCUUCGGAUGAUAUGUCCUUGUCGUUGGAGUACGCGGAAUUGGGUGAACUCAAAGCCGAGUCGGAAUCGGAAGUUAUGGACACACUGCGUCCGCGUUACCUUCAAUGUCCGGCCAUGUGCCGUGUGAGCCACCUAAAGAAGUUCGUCUACGACAAGUUCGAGAUCGAUGCCCAGCGCUUUAGCAUCGACAUUAUGUACAAGGUCAAGACAAUCGUCCUGCUGGAUUACUACACGCUGAUGGACAUUGCCUACAUCUACACGUGGAAGCGGGAUGCGCCCAUGCGGUUCUACUAUCGCGUAUAUGAGUCGCCUCAGCCAUUGGUGAAACCAGCUCCACCUCGUCGGGUUGUGCCCUUGAAACUGGAGAAGCUGGUGCAGAAAGUAGAAGAGCCAAUGCCAAUGGAAACUGCUCCUGUGCCGGUGGAAGCUGAGCCUGUACAGGCAGCUCCUAUUAAGGUGGAACAGCAGGAAGUGAUCAAAGAGGUGAUGGAGGUCCCGCAGCCCACACCCAAACCGGAAAUCCUAAAGCUCCUGCUCAACCGGAGUAUGCUGGAGAAGCGCGAUAAGAGCCACUCGCCGCAGGCAAGCUCCAAGCACUCUUCAAAGAACUCUCCACCCACUCCCGUUCCCUCUUCACCCUCGGAGCCCAAUAUAAAGCUGAAGAUCGAUCUGUCCAAGCAGAACAGCGUGACCAUUAUCAAUAUGUCCGAUCCCGAGCGACGGGAGAUUGUCAAGCCGCUGAAGCCCGAGAAGGAGUCGCGUUCCAAGAAGAAGGACAAGGACGGCAGCAGCCCCAAGUCCUCGCCGAGCACUUCAUCCUCCUCCGGUUCCUCGUCUUCCAGUGGGGAGCGCAAGCGCAAGAGUCCCAGCCCGCUGACAGUUCCACCCCUGACCAUUCGCACGGAACGCAUUCUCAGUCCAAGUGGCGUUAGCACGCUAAGUCCACGCGUGACCAGCGGCGCUUUCUUGGAGGAUCCCAAGUCGGAGUUCCUCAAGUCCUUUGCCCUGACGCCCAUCAAGGUGAAGGUUGAGUCGCCGGAGCGGAUGACCAACAGUCGAGCUAUUACCCCGCCUUCAUCUGUAGUCCAGCUGCAGCAGCAAUCGCCACCGAAAUCCAAGGGUAAUGUGGAGGACAGCAUGCUAAUGAAGCCGCCCAGCUGCAUGCCGCCCAAGUCCAUCGCUUCCUCGAAGCGCAAGAGCAAGGAACCGGUAAAGGCAGUGUCCAAGAAGCCAAAGCUAUCGCCGCCACUUCCGCGCGAGGACUUUAAAAUACGCCUGCCAGCCACCAAUGGCAACUCGCCGACUGCAGCCGCCACGCCCAAGGUGGAGAAACCGCUGAUGCCACCGCCCUCGAAGCCACCGAUGCUGGCACCCCGCAAGCUCCAGCCAGCUGCGCAGUUUGCAACGCCACCGCCCUCGCCGAUGCACCAUCAUGCCGGCAUGCAGAUGUCGGCUCCUGGCAACAGGACGCCCAUUGCUAAACGGUAUCAGCCCAUUCUGCCCAAGGCAUCGCGCCCGAAUCCCUUUGCCAAUAUACCAAACGAUGUGAAUAGGCUGCUCAAGGACGCGGGCACCGAAAUCAAGUCGAUUGGCGGCGGAGCGGGAGGCGCUACUGCGCAAAAGUCGCAUGUCUAUGGACCGAAAAGCGAUGUUACCAAGAUGGGACCACCGCCAGCGCCAGUGACCGGAGGACUAGGAGUAUCAGCCGCUUCUUCGCAGGGCAACCGAAACCUUGGCAAACCGAUGCCGCCUCUGAACAACAACAAUAAGGGAGGAAACAACAACAGCUCCAACAACUAUCUCAAUCUGGCUCUGUUCAAUGCCAGCAAAUCCAAGGGCAAGGAAGCGCCCCCUGGGUGCCGCACGCCCAUGUACACCCCCAACUCGCCCAUCUACUCGCCAAGUUCGCCGCAGUACGUGCCCAGCUACAAUAUACCCACGAUGCCCACCUACAAGUACACACCGAAGCCAGCGGCUGUGGCCAAUUCGGGAGCUGGCAAUGGAGGAGCUUCGGCCGCUGGCUACCUGCAGAACAUGCUGGGCGGCGGCAGUGGUGCUGGCUCGCUAUCGGGCCUGUUUCCCUCGCCACCCACGAAAUCGGAUCAGAACACCAAUCCGGCGCAAGGCGCACCCGGUGCAUCCUCGCUGCAAGCAGGAGCAGCAGCAGCUGCUGGCAACGGCAACGGCAAUGGUAAUCUGUAUCCGCGCAGUGCCAGUCCCAGUGAAGAUGCACCAGAGAAGCAGCAGGUGAAGGUCAAGUCUUUACUCAACUCGUGCAACAUCAACAUUCCCUCGUCGCUGUCCAUCACAAUUUCGCGGGAUAAUGGAGAUCCAUCGUCGCCGAACAAUGGCCAGCAUCCCAAGCACAAGAGUCCGGUCAAUAACUACAUUGAGAUCGUAAAGCUACCCGACCAGCUGCCGUCGGAGCAGGUGCAGGCCGCCAAGGAGGCGCAGCAGAAGCGCCAGUCGCCCGGUCCAGUGGCAGCCCCUCUGCCCAUAAAGCUGCCGCCACCGCCGCCCUCCAAGGCGAUUCCCUCGCCCCAGCAUCUGAUGUCGCGCAUGACGCCGCCACAGCUGCCACAAGUGGCCACCACGACGCCCCCACCGCCCAGUGCUCCGCGUGUAAUCACUCCCCCCAAGACAUCACCGCCUCCGCCCGCGAAGGCCACUCCCCUGAAGCCUGUGCUGACGCCCACACAGGCGGACAAGAAGACGCCGAGUCCGGAGAAACGGAAUGCCGCCCAAAUUGGCAGCCACUCGCCCACGGCCAGUGAGAACAAGUCGCCCAAGGGCGGAGCUGCGGGCGGAGCCAACUCUGGAGCUGCCAGCCAGAAUGGUGAUCCUUCGGCGGCCAAGAAAUUCCGGCCCAUUCUGCCGCGACAGAAUGCAAUGCCCGAGCUGGCGCCCAAGUUGCCCACGCUGGCUCCUGGCUUUCCAUUCAAUGCACCACAAAAUCCCGCUGCUCCUGGCAAGAAGGUGGCGCCCAGCAAGAAGUCACCCAAUGCAGGAGCCACUGCCUCGCAGCCGGGACAACAGAAGCAGCAGCAACAGCAGCAGAAGCUCAGUCCACCGCAAAAGAACCAACAGCAGCAUCAGCACCACCAGCAGCAGGGAAAGAAGGCAUCAAAGAAUCCCACGCCGCCACCGCCGACACCAUCUCUGCCAUCUGUGGGCAAGAUGAUGGGUCAUCCCGGCCUGCCCAGUCUGCCCGGUUUGACCACCCCGCUUGGCAUUGCUUCUAGCGCAAGUGCCGCUGCUGCUGCCUCCGGUCAACUGGACCUGAGCAACUUCCUCAAGGAGAACCUGAUGCGUGCGCAAGUGGCGCAGGCAGCACAGGCAGCGCAGGCCGCCCAGGCGAACCAGUCGAAUAUGCUGUACAACUUUGCCCAGAUGGGUCACCUGUCCCCGGCGAUGUACAACUACCACCAGGCGUAUCUGAUGGAGCAGCUCUCGCGGAUGCAGCGUGCCGGCAACGAGGUGUUCAACGAUUACUUGCAGAAGCUGAAGAGUGCAGCCACUGCCAGUGGAGGAGGAGGUCCGUCAGAGGGGGAGCCCAAGCCAGUGAUGCCUAUGCUGCCCACCGUGACACUGCCCAGUCCGGGAGGACUCGUACCGCAAGCAGCCAGUCCAAAGACAUCGCCAGUGCCCACCGGAAAACUAACGGCGGGUGCUACAGCGCCACAGGCCAAGGGAGGCAGCGGGGGCGGCAACAGCGGAGCUGCGGGGAGUGCACGGCAUCAGACGGCGGCCACCAGCAAUGGAGCUGCCCCAGCCUCCCUCAAGAGCAAGUGAGGGAGAAGGAGGAGAUGCAGGACAGACAACCCCACGUAGCUCUAAUUAAUUUUUAAAGACCUUGUUUUAGUUAUUCAUUAACGUUACCCUUUUUUGUUCGUCGUCCGGCCAGAGAGCUCGCGACCAGAACCAAUUCCUCGCCCUAAUUACGGUGGCAAGGGGAGAAUCCACCCCUGAAUCCCAGGGCGGUGGUGGCUGCCCCUUCGCCCCGGCAAGUGUUAUACAUCCAUCCGAGUGUUAACGGCGCUCUGUAAAUAUAUAUAGCUUAUAAAAUGGGAAUAUAAACAUAAAUAUUUGUAGAUUGAUGUUGAAUUGUAUUAAAGAACAAUAGGAGGAUAUAAGACAGCGAUUCAGAAUCGAUAUAUAUAUAUGCACGCUAUACGAAUUAUAUAUAUUUAUCUAAUUACCCCUAAGCUAAGCUUAAAUCUAAGUGUAAAUAUUUUGUAUAAUCUCUUUUCUACAUUAAAAGCAAAUCAAGUCGAGAAAUAGAAAUCUAAUUUAUGCAAAACAAA